AUGGGCAGAAGAAGCAGCUACAAGGAUGUCGUCGUUGAGCUGGGAAAGGAGCGAGCCUCAAAAGGGCUUGACCUCGUCUACGGUGGAGAGAGUACCAAACUUCUUAUUCUGAGGAAGGUUGAAAUAGCCCGGUAUGCUGAUUGCUUCAUCGCCUUGCCUGGAGGAUGUGAAGCCAUGGAUGCUUUAUUCGAAGCCCUAAGUCGGGCACAGUUAGGCAUUCAUGACAAGCCUAUAGGUCUAUUGAAUUUCAAUGGCUACUUCGAUAACUUCCUUGCAUUCAUCAACAAUGCCAUCGAGUACGAUUUCCUCAAAUCAUCCCAGAGGGCCUUAAUUGUUCAAGGAACGAGCACAAAUAUGAAGCUUGAAGAGUACAAGACGAUCCAUGAAGGUGUCCUCCCUAAGAGCUUGUGGGAAGCUAGAGGGCCAUCAUCACAUCAAAAGGAUCUUCCAUAA